CUCCAGCUCACUUCAACCUGACGAGUCUCAGGGAGCAGCAGCUGCUCUCCAUCCUCUCCGCUGAGCAUCAUGGGCUCCAAAAACUCCAACAAGGUGCAGAAAGUGGUGAUGGGUCUGCUGGUGCUGUGGUCCAUCGCCUCCAUCAUCAUCAUCGUGGUGUGGGCCACGUCUCCGGACCUGAAGGGCUCGGCCCAGUGCCGCGCCGAGCUGCGGGAAGCGACGGAGAAGAUGGAGGGCGCCAAGGUGGUGUUUGAAAAGGACAGGCGGGCGCUGGAGGAGAAGGCGGUGGAGGCGUGGAAGGAUCAGGACCGGCUGAAGGCCCACAUCCUGCUGCUGCAGCGAAGCCUCAACGCCACCAACGUCACGCUGGAGGAGUGCCGGCUGAAAAACGUCGUCCUGGCCGAGAACGUCACGGCUCUGCAGGACGACGUCAGGCUGCUGCAGCACAGGGAGGCCAACCUCACGGAGCAGCUCGGCCUGCAGGAAGAGCGCAUCGAGGCCUUGCAGCACAACCUGACGCAGGCUUUCCAUCAGACCGAGUCCUGCUUCAGCCUGAAGACGGCAGCUGAGAGCCAGAUGGCAGCAGCUCAGAGUCAGACCAAAGCCUGUGAAUCCAAGCAGCAGUACCUGGAGAAGCAGCUUCAGAAGUGUAAAGCUUCUGAAUCAGAAGCUCCUGAGGUGAAACAAGAAGGCUCCUCUGCCUCAUCGUCUCCCAGCUCCGCUGCCGCGCCCCUUGCUGGUAUUCCCGCGCUGACGCUACUCAUCUGUGCUGCUCUGCAUCUCAUAACCUGAGUCCAGAGCGGGUCAAACCCACGGCAAGCACAGCGGUCCAGGAGGUUCUGGACCAACAUGACUGCUGUACAAACCUCCUGUCUGCACAACGGGUUCGCCCUGGAGACGCUGUCAUACGAUGGACGCUUGGAUAGACUUUUAUGCUUUUCAUUUGCUUUCAUCUCUGGAUCUGAACCAAGCUUCGCUCCUCUUCCCCCAGCAGCGCCUGGGUCCAGAUCAAGACGUCAGAACUUAUCCACGCCAGCGUUUAUUUUCUGUAAGGCUUCAAUCCGGCUGAGACGGAGGAAAGGGAUUUACUGCUGUCGCCACUAAAUGUCUGUGUGCUUCGUUUUAAUGCCACAAUUACUGCUUGAAACCUUUUGUCUCAACUUUUAGAUGUUAUCAAAUUCUGGUUGAAAUUACGGCUCAGGGUGGGAUGUACUCAUUUCAAAAAUAAACCUGGGCACUUUCUA